UAUGUACCUACAUGUGUAUUCCGGUUAUCAUUUACUCAGAAUUUGUUAGCUUGUGACGAAAUAAUACACUUAUUUAUCUAAAAUUAUGAUGAAUACUUUUUCUGUACUUAGCCUGUGUUAAAAGGAAAGGCACAAAUACAAAUGACUUUAUUGUGGAUCAUAAUUCAAAUUAAGUCAACUAUGAGUAACAAACAGAAGAAAAACAAGCUUGACUUGUACCUUACAGAAGUGUUUAAUCAUUUCAUAGCGCUAAAGGAUAAUGACGUAAAAAGAUCACAAGAGGUGUUCAAAAGUGUUUUUGAACAAGUCAAGGAUGCUAUGGGGGAGCAGUGUAAUUAUUUUGCUAACUACAGCAGCCAGGUUAUGUAUGGUGGGAGCGUCUACGACGGGAUCAAAGUGUCGAAACUGGACGAGUUUGACAUGGACAUCGUCAUACGACUACCGAUUAGCUACGAGGACGGCGAGAACGGCAUCACCAUUGAAAAUGAACAACCCGGAUUUGUGAAACUAAAAAUUACAAAAGCUUUUGAUAACCUCGUAACACAGAGUAAUUGGGAGUUAUGCCAUAAAGUCACUCACACGUGGCGAGACAACGAUUCUUACCUUAGGCAAGACAUGUUUCGCAAUUGGAUACAUAGUAUAGUCCAGAAAGCCAUGAAUGACCUACAUAACAAAGUUACAGUUAAUGGGGUGACCUAUUCGUUAAGUUACAAGAAGUCCGGUCCGGCGUAUACCCUGAAAAUUGCCAGUUUGCCGGAUAAUAAAGAUGAGCCGUUCAAACUUGACGUGGAUUUAGUGCCCGUCAUUAGAUUCACUCAUCCCCGCUGGCCACAGGGCUACAGGCAACCCAACGUUACGACCGCCAAGGACUGGUUAGUGGUGCCUAAGCCGAAUAAGGCCAUCAAGGACGGGCAGCUACAGAAUCGCUGCUGGCGGCUCUCGUUCCAGGACUUCGAGAAGGAGCUCAUGAAGGGUUGCCAAAACCUCAAAACUACUAUUAGAUUGGUGAAAAAGAUGCGCGACGUUCUCGAAAUGAAAGCCAUAGCGAGUUAUUACAUUAAAACUUUAUUUUUAUGGAAAAUUUCUCAAAACGAUAAGAAAUAUUGGGAAACAAAAGUCAGUGCUCUUUUCAAGACGAUGGUAGGGGAGUUACACAAAGCUAUUCAAGACAAGAACAUACCAUAUUUUUGGAACGAGGACAACAAUUUAAUCGAGAGUUUAAAUGAUCAUCUACAACGUGAUUACACACGAAAACUACAAAAUGUACUCGACGGCAUCGACUCGGAUGAUAUGGAUAAAGUUCUCAUCGCGUUGCUUACUACUGACGAAUUGACGCUGUUUAAGAGAUUCGACUUCUAUCAAAAGAGUAUUUCUUCAAUACGACUUCCGCGAAGAUCACAAAAAUUAACACUUGACGCUGAUCUCGUUAAUAAUUUGGAAAGUAAAAUGUUAGAAUUGACUACAAAAUUAAAAGAACUCACUGAGAAAAUGAAUAAUAUGAAUACAAAUGAAGAUGAAUAUCCAGAAGUUGUACAGGAAGUAAAAGAAAUAUCGGAUGAGAUCGAAGAUUACAAAAGUAUGUUACCCGUAGAACCUAAAAGAGGAGGUACAUUGAAAAAAAUUCUCUUAUUUCUUGCUUUCCUCCCUCUGGUGAAUAAUCCAAAUAGUUCUCGCCCAAAUGAAGAAACCGGUUUACGAUUGCAGUACGACUAGAUUCGUCGUUGUGGAAAAAAAUAUUAAAUUAUGCCACACUAACGAAUGUAUACAAUAAGGUAA